AGCCGUGCCAGUCGAACCUCAGCCAGAUCACGUUCCUCGAGUCCUGCCUUACAGAAACUAGAAGAACCCAAAAAAGCUUUGCCGAUCCUCGUCACAACAUCGAUUGAGAAUCAAUCUGACAAAGAGGCAGCCAAGGAGGAACCGACUGUAGAUGUCACCAUUCCUCUGAAUAUUCUGAAGAGAAAUCGUAGCAGAUCGGUGAGCCCUGACCGAAAGUCGCAUCAUCAUCGUCAUUUGAAAGAGAACACUCCACAACUGCUAAGCGUUGGCUCGAAAAGUCCCCACCACUCCGCCCGGAUGCGGCGCUCGGCCAGUCCGACAGCUGACCGUUCUCCCAGUGACAACGCCAGUUCCAAUGGAGAAGAUGAAGCCAGGAAAGCUCGUCGCAAGCGUCGCGACCCGACGCGAACUCUGGAAAAUCUGAAAGAGAAGCUGGCCACUAAAAAGCAGGUAGGAGAAGGACAAAAUGGAACCAAAAAUGAAAUGUCAGCAUCAACAGGGUCCACAGCCAGCGAUGAUAGCGGGCCUGUUUCCGAGAUGGCGAAUCGUCCUCGCCCUCCUCUGCUUCUUGUCACUGAACCGACCAAUGAUACGGAUAAGGAGUGUCCGGACUUGUGGGAGGAUUCUUCCGAUGCUGACUGGACGGAGGCAGAGGACGAGGCUGAUUAUGAAUCUGACGAGUAUUCAAUUUCUCAAACGUUCAGUCUUAAAGACUGUAUGCCUAUUGGUGAUCUUUAUCCACUUUCUCGUUCAUCUUCACGAUGUUCCGUGUUCGUAUCCGAUUAUGACAGCGAUGCCAGUAUGCCGUUGUUUAUGCUUCCGUCGAGGGCAGAGGAGUCUCGCGGUCGAGUUGAUCGUCUGUUCGCAGUGCCACCUCCAUCUUUCAGUUGUUCGAUCACGUACGAUGGCCAGGAGAGCUGGGACGAUGAAAGCCUCCAUUCAUGCACGGAUUUCGACGACGAGUAUUGUGGAAGGCUCUCUAGAUACAGUCGUGCUGAAUCGUCAGCUCUAGGAGCGUAUCUCAGUCCAAGCAGCUAUACAUCUGAUGAGGUUUGA